CAGACUGUUUUGGUCUUGUAGAUGUUAGCAACGGAAAAGCCCUAGACAGCACUGAACCACGUUUUGUGAUUUGAAAUUAAUUUUGUUUAGAUUACACAACACGUUGGCAAGAGGUUCAACGCACGUAUUUAUUUCAAGAGAGUAAUUUCUACGUGUUGUCUUUUUUAAGUAGUGUUUUUUUCAGUUUUAAUAGGAAUUGUACUGGUUGCUAAUUGAGCUAGCAAGCCAGCUAGCUUGUUAGCGUAGCAUUUUCCCUCGAGAGGCACGUUGACAUUAGCCUGCUAGCCUCGGACUUGCUAACGGCAGCGGCCAACUGUCACACAACCACACACACACACCACAAUCUUCCUCGUCCAAGAGAGAAUUGCGGUGUCGAGCUGGUCAUUUUAACUCGCCGUCUUUUAUGGGAUCGACAUGUCAAUGAAGGCCGGUGGAAAUCGCAGCAAGCCCGGCGGUGGUAACGCCGCUGGUGCUGGAGGAAGCGGCGGGGGAAGACAGAAUCUGGGCAGGUUUGUGCAAUUAAAAUAUAAAUACAUUAACGGCGAGACACACUGUGGUCGGUUUCCAGAGUGUGGAUACAGUAGCUACUCACGAUGGCGCUUUUAAGAGUUGACAUGUCCAUUUUGUGCUCCAAACCCGUGAAGGCGGUUUUGUGGACGUUAAAUGGGCCUUGCGACGCCUUGGUCACCUAUGCUAGCGCGGCCUGGCUGCUUGUCCCUGAAAUGUUGCAACCUAUAGCCGCUUCAUGCACAUUGAUAUCACACUAUCGCUUGUAUUUGUGUGUUAAUACCACGUUUUGGCUGACUGUUCCUUUAUGUUUGUACAGAGGGCCACCGUUGACAUAGGAGUCCGGCGAGCUUGCGUUAAUUAGCCGUCUGACAGCUAGUAAUUGAAUGGCCUCUGCAAGCUAAUCAUUGCAUUUUUCACCUGAACGCAUCACUUGCAUGUUGUUCAAUGUGUUUCUGUAGCAUCCACACAAUACAAUGAGAAACGUUUUUUUUGUAAAUAACCCAACGGGGAUUGUAGGGCGUGUGUGUGUGCGUGCGUGGAGAAAUGGGUUUUGGUUAGGAAAAUUGAGUUAAAUUAACCGUCUGUCAACCUUGACGUUGCUGCUUAUGUUAAAUAAUGCCCUUGAAGUAUGACUUUUAAGCACAUGUCCUGGAGGAUCAAGUUGAUCGCAGGCUGUCAGUGAAAUAGCUGCAGCAACUUGGACGUGUGCAAGGCUUCUUCUUAUCAUUCACUGGUCACCGGCACAGUACGCCCUAUUUGCUCAUUGCGUAGCUUUCCACUGAGGCCGUCAUUUUUUUUCUUACAUUAAACACGCAUCCGUUGAUAUGAGCACGUUUAUACAAGCUAUGUUUCAGUAGGGGCCUUUAGGGCUACAUUUCAGCGGAGAUUGAUGUUAAUCUCUCAGUACAAAGUGAUUAAUUGUAGGAAAUAGGCAUUGAUUAUAAUGAAGGCGAAUGCGCGCUGAAUGUGCUGAACAAAAAGGUGCAUUCGAGGACAUGCUGGAAUGAAUAAGGUGCAUUCUAGGACGUGUAAGGAAAAAGAAGGUGCAUUUUAGGACAUGCUAGACGAAAUAUGGUGCAUUCUAUUACCUACUAGACUAAUAAUGUGUAUUGUAGGACGUGCUUGCAGGAAUAAGGUGCAUUUUAGGGAAUGUUAAACAAUAUUUUACAUUGUAUUAUUACCUGCUAGAAUAAUAAAGUGUAUUGUGGGUUAUGAAUUUACAAGGUGUAUUACGCAUGCUGGUAGGAAUAAGGUUUAUUCUAGGACAUGUUACACAAAAUAAGAUGCAUUUAUGGACUGCUGGAGGAAUCAGAUGGGGUCUUGGACGUAUUCUACAGAAGAACAUGGUGUAAAAGAGGACAUACUCGAAAGAUAAGGGGAAGACACAGUGCUAAAGGUCCUGCUGCGGUUAUUUUCAAUGGAGUUUAUGCAAACAUGAGGAUGGUCCAUGUCUUGACUUCAGUUGUGGGCACCAGGUGUGAACUGAAGGUGAAAAAUGGAGCGGUCUACGAAGGAGUGUUCAAGACUUAUGGUCCAGAGUGCGACCUGGUGUUGGAUGCAGCCCAUAGAAGGAGCCCAGAGCCGAGCGUGGGCCCCAGAAAAGAGGACAUAGUAGAGAGCAUUGUCUUUAAGGCAUCCGACGUCGUCGUGGUGUCCUUCAAAGACGUCGACCUUAACUUUGCCAGGAAAGUUUCCUCUGAUACAGAGCAUAAAGGUGUAUCCUUGCGUGUCUCAGAUAACUUCACAGACUCCGCAGUGAGCGGCAGGAUCAAUGGCGAGCACAAAGAGAAAGAUCUAGAGCCCUGGGACGGUGGAGAGACCCACAACUCUGACAGCCUCGAGUCUCUGGAUACUGAUGUGUCAAACGGGUGGGACCCCAAUGACAUGUUCAAGUACAAUGAAGAGAAGUACGGUGUCUUAUCUACCUAUGACAGCAGCCUGUCCACAUAUACUGUCCCACUAGAGCGUGACAAUUCAGAGGAGUUCCUGAAAAGGGAAGCUCGAGCCGCCCAGCUGGCCGAGGAGAUAGAAGCCAGCUCCACGUACAAGGCCCGCGUGGCCCUGGAAAAUGACGAGCGCUCUGAGGAGGAGAAGUUUACCGCAGUGGUGCGAGGGGAAAGAGAGAUGCACACAUUGAGCAGGGAGAACAAGUACAUUCCCCCGGGGCAGAGAAACAGGGAGGCCAUGUCAUGGGGGCCUGGACGGCAGAAUUCGCCACGCCUGACUCCAAACUCAGCCGGACCUUCAGCUCCUCGUGCGGGACUGCAUGACUAUAAUCAGAGCACAGGGGCUGACCAGAGGGUGGUGAAUGGAGGUUCAUCCCAUUGGCCCUCACCCUGUCCAUCUCCUUCCUCCCGCCCUCUCCCUCGUUACCAGCCCGGCCCUUCCUCCCUGCCUCCUCGGGCGGCCACGCCCACCAGGCCACCCUCCAGACCCCCCUCUCGACCUUCCAGGCCUCUCUCUCAUUCAUCCCACCCCUCCCAUCCCUCUUCCUCAUCUCCCUUUCCCCACCACGGGCCGUCGUCGCCGGCCUCCUCUCUGCCCAAACGCAUGUCUUCAGAAGGUCCACCAAGGAUGUCCCCAAAAUCCCAGCGGACGCCCCGUGCUCACAGAGUGCCGACCAGCAGGACCACAGGAAUGCCACCAGGAGUGGAUCUGAUGUCCCACAAUUCUCCGGGAGAUCUUCCAGUGACUCCGUCCAACAGAGGGAACUCUUCAGGAGGAACCUGGUCUUCUGUAGUUAGUGGAGCACACAGACCGCGCUCCCCUCGUCAGAACAGCAUGGGCGGAGCCUCCCCUUCCUCUGCAUCCCCACAGACAGGUGCAGCUCCCAUGGACACUUUUGCCACGUCGACGUCCGCUUCCUCCCCGACUGCUGCAAGCCCCGCCCCCAAUAUGGUCGCCGGAGAUGUAAAAGAGUGUCGCGUCCAGGAGACGAGGCAGACAUCCCCCAAAGACAACAUGAAGGACAGUUCAUCCAGUGUCAACAGACCUAUGUGUAAAGGUCCUCCCUCCUUGGCCCCUGACCACAGAAAACAAAUAGACAAUUUAAAGAAAUUUAGCGAAGAUUUUAGGUUGCAAUCUAGUUCCAACCCAGACCCUGCCUUUGACCACAUGAUCACCAAACCUUCAAGAGAUAUCACAGACAAGCCUACUGAUGCCCCCUUGGACAAAGCCUCUGCAGUGGGGCCAGAAGACCAUGGGGUCCCCACCCCGUCCGCCGGCGCCAUCAACACGAGUAAGCCCGGCAGCCCCGCCGCGCUGUCCCCGUCUCCGACAGGCCUGGACCAGAAGCGGGCAGGUCUGGAUGUGACGUCACAGGGGGUUCAGACAACGGCCACGUCCACUUUUGGUGGGCCCAAGCAUGAAGAGAAGGAGGACAAGAAGGAGGCGGUGCAAGAUCAAGUGAGAAAGUCCACCUUAAACCCUAACGCUAACGAGUUCAAGCCAAGGUUUAACACACAGCCUAAACCAGCCAAUACCCCGACACCACCCCGGCCCCAGGGCCAGCCCAGCCCUUCCAUUCUGGUCCAGCAGCCCCCCACCGUCUACGGUCAGACGGUGUGCUUCCCCCAGAUGUAUCCACUCACACCAGUUAGUCCCGGCGUGCAGAAAAGCAUAAUAUGGAAGUCUCCAGCGAUGUACCAGGUCCAGAUGCCUCAUAUGCCUGUCAACCAGUCCAAACCAUACAGACCAGGUAAAGUGCCCAACAUGAGCCAGCAGAGGUCAGACCAGCAUCACCCGCCGGGCACGCCCACCAUCAUGCACCCUGCGACGGCAGCAGGGCCGCCAAUCAUCACACAGAGCCCGGCCUACUCUGCCCAGUACUUCACCUGCAGCCCGCAGCAGUUCCCCAGUCAGCCACUGGUCCAGCAGAUGCCCCAUUACCAGUCACAGGCGCAGCAUGUGUUCAGUCCUGUAAUGCAAGGCAGCGCCCGCAUGAUGGCGCCGCACACACACGGCCAGCCCAGCCUGGUGUCCUCCUCAACCACACAGUACCCAGAGCAGACACACACCAUGUAUGUGUCUCCUGGUCCGAUGCCCCAGCAGUAUCCCCACCCCAGCGCCACCUUGCACCCUCACCCCCAGCACCCUCAGCCCUCUGCCACGCCCACAGGCCAAGGUCAGCAAGGUGGGCCUCCUCAGCAUGGAGGUCCCCCCAGCCACCCUGCCGCCAGCCCAGUCCAGCACCCACAGCACCCUCAAGCGGCAGCAGCAGCCGCUGCCGCCGCCCAAGCCCUCCACCUGGCCAACCAGCCUCAGCAGCAGAUGUACUCGGCUUUGGCCCCCACGCCCCCCUCCAUGACCCCAGGUCCCAACCCCCAGUCCCCACAGGCGUCCUUCCCCUCUGCCCAGCAAACGGUGUACAUCCACCCCCAGCAGGUGCAGCACGGCUACAACCCCAACCACAUGGCUCACGUGCAGCAGGCUCACAUGCAGUCUGGUAUGGUGCCAUCGCACCACCCGGGGCCCACCCACCCCCCAAUGAUGCUGAUGGCCACCCAGGGCCCACCGGGAGGCCCCCAGGCCCCCAUGGCUCAGACGGCCCUCAACCACAUCCCUGUCUCUUCCACCACACAUUUCUCCUACCUGGCACAUCCACAAGUGCAGCCUCAUCACCAGCAGCAGCUGUAGAUAGAGGGCGCCAGUGAGCUGAAUUCCUCAAGUGGAACCUUUCAUUCAUGAAGAGACAAGGAGCCCUCCUCCUCCUUCACCGCCCCCUCCUCCUCUCUUAGCUCAUCAUCCUCAUGUUUCACAUCAGUUUACCUCCCUCCUCCUUCCUCCCUCCCUCCCAGACAAGGCAAUAAGAGAAUGUUAACAGGUUGGUGAUGCAGUGAUGUGUUUUUGCCACAAGAGGCCGAUCACAAAGUAAGAAAACUAAUCUUUAAUCAGAAAAGAAGAAUUCAACUGGAACUUUGUCUGCACCUGGUAAAUAGACAGUAUUAAUCUUACUGUGUUAUGGCUGCUGCUGCUGCUACAAGACGAGUUUCUAACCAAACUAAACAAAAAAAAAGUCGAGAGGACACGAGGGGCGUUAUUUAUGGAAAAAAAUAAAUAUGAUGGUGACCAGAACCCACUUCUCACCUGACCCUAAUGUAACUUUUAAGUUAAAACUUUUACUUUGUAGAUAAUAUAAAUAAUUUAAAAAAAUGAGUAAAAAAAAAUUAAAAAUAAAAAAAGUUUUAAAAACUGAACCUUCUUGCUGUUUUUUUUUUUAACCCCCCCCCCCCCCCCCCAAAAAAAAUCAAACCAAAAAAUGGAUGGAAUGAAGCUUUAGUCUGGUUAGGUUUAUUUUACAAAAAGAAGUCAAAUAUACAGUUGAUAUAUAAUUUAGAAGGCUGAAUGAAAGGGAUUGCAAAGACAACAAAAAUGUUUUUAAAAGCUCUGUGGUGGUCGUCGGGUGGAGCUUUACAGUGCUGAGGUAAAAACACAAACAGUAUUAAGAACACGUUAGUCAUUUUUCAAAUAAAGAUGCAAACUGACCAAAGGGGGCAAAAAUGUAGCUUAAGCAAAAUGAACUAUUGUUGACAAUUAAAAGCUUUAAAAAUGCAGGUGAACAUGGUGGCUAUUUUGCUGUUGUAUUUCUUCAAAACAAACAAACAAACAAAAAAAAACGGGUGUGCAACCUGUGGCACUGCUAGAGCAUUUCAUACAAGUCUAGAAACAAACCCCCAGGAAUUGUUGUAAAAAAAAAAAAAAAAAAGCCACAAAAGCUUGUAUAUUUAAUGAUAAAUUUGGUAUGGCCUUUUAUCAAUGUUAUUGCACGACACACUUUUCUGCACCCUAACAUUUUUGGUUUUAUUUGUUCUUAGUGGCAACGAGGCGACUCCUGAUUGGUCAACAUGUUACAGUUGCUGGAAUACAUCAGCUGGUGUGUCACUUUUAUCAGAAUAGUUGUCGCAGAAUGAAAAAGAUCCUGCGUUGGAGACUAACACAAUGGUAAAAACUAAAUUGGAUGUUAGUGUUUAAAGCACAGACUUACCCCUUCUUGCUGCCAACAUAAAGCUUGUCUAUAUUUUACAAUAUUUACUUAAAGGCACAUUUUCCCAUUAAGGCUUGCUCACUUGCUUUGGUUUAAGCUAUUUAGUUUUUGCAGCAAAGCAAAGCGGCGUCAUUGUACGGCAGAAAAACAUGGAUGUGGAGAGUUCUAUUGAACAUAGUGUAAGAACGGCUCUCAUUUUGUUGCUGUUGGUUAAUGCUAGCAGUGAAAUAUUAGAGUUGGGCUCGUUGGCUCUAUGUGUGAGAAACUAUUUAAAACUGUUUCUGUGAGGGCUGUCGAAGAGAGCUUAAUGCUUCAAACUAAAAGCCACGAUGCAGGAGUUGUUUAACUAUACGAGCUUUUGGUACCGUACUUGAACGCAGCGUGAAGUACAUACGGGGCACAAACUUUAAAAGCUAGUCAUUUAGUACAUUGUAGCAAUCUUAAAAUCAAUUUAAGCUCACUAGUUAAGCACUAAUUGAUAGGGAUGGGCAUUUGACUUCAUGUUUAAUGGUCCAAUAUUGACGAUCACGAAUCCUGUCAACACGCCGGACUCCAAGCAAGCUGACUGAAGAAGGCGGAAGUAAAACGGCGAGAAAAGUAAGUUAAACAUACUUCAUAAAUGGACGACCAAGACGUUGGUAUGUGGCAGAUACACCCGUGUCCAAUAGUGUGACCCUGACAUGAAGUCGGCAAGAAAUUGCCAACGAAAUGGAGAGAGCAGAUAAGCCUAUCACUACGUAAUACGUACCCGGAACCCAAUCAGUGCCUCGCGUGUGCGAGGAUGGCGUUUUUUACGAAGUGCUGUGGUCGGUAUUUUUUUAAAUGUAUAAACAGAAAUGGUCAACAACCAUACUUCAUAUGUCACAUAUUAGGGUUAUUUUAUGAGUGACUCUUGUUAGCAUGCCGUUUCUAUCGUCUAACAUCCGCCAAGGCGGAGCUACUAAAAACUUAGGCAACGCACGUAGCAUCCGGUUACGUAUAACACACAUAUCCAAUAAAAGGCAUAAAAUGCAGUGAUAUUUCAAUGUAAACAACCAUCAGCAGUGUAAUGAUGGAUUCAUCUUACAGGACUAAGCUAGAGAUGUUUUUCUCUAAACUGAUAAAUACCAUCCAUCCAAACAUCUUCCUAGCAAAUGCUUGUAUGUAUUUUUUCUGUGGCGGAAGUGUAAAAUAAUUUAUGGAACAAAGAAAAGAUGGCUUAUAAAUUGUCCACUUGCACCAUGGAUAUAUGAGGGGGGGAAAAAAACAGAUUUGGUCAUUUCUCAAAUUUCUAUCUGAAGGUUUUGGGGUGGGGGACGUACGUAUAUUGCUUGCUGUCGUAAAACGGAUCGACGGAUCGCGUCGAUUACACAUGCCUAACGUGACUGCCGAAAAAUAGGCCGACCGGAUGUAGACGCGUUCUGCACAUGCGUUUAACCCAGUUGAAGCGAUUGUGUUCCGGGUACGUAUUGCGUAGUGACAAAGCCAACAGCUAACGAAGCUGCUUCAUUCGUUUUCCUUUCCCGCAGUCUGGAUACCCCGUAGCGCACUGCUGCCCCUCAUAGGUUAGUCCACGCACUACGCCAGGCCUCUGGGUGCUUUUUUGUGACGUGUGUGCAGAAAAAUGUUUGCUUUUAAUGUUGCGGUUUCAGUUUCACAGAAGUGCUAAACACAGGGCCACCAUGCUGCCCACCCCCAAACACUAACAAGACAUUUGUUUUCUCCUUUUUGUAUUUACGGCCCUUGGAAGACUUCAUAAAAACUAAAGAUGUUAUGAGAGACUGGCUCAACACUGCCUCUGCUUGUCGCAGACAAGUACUGCAGUCCCAUUUUUUUGCCUCCAUGCCAAACUAUUUUUCUGACUUGUCAAUGAAUUAACGGAGCGAUCACUCUGCCCAUCCCUACCUAGUACAUCUUGGUUCCAUUUUUCCAACCACGUAACGAAGAGGUGAAUUUUGAAAAUGUGUUGACAACGCGACAUGUUAGCACAUUUGACCGACCUCUUUGACCUCCAUCCCAUUCUGUGUCUUGACAAAACGUUUUUUUUCAAAGUGCACUGAAAGCAUCUCAAAAUAAAAUAAUGCAUGAAAAAAGGAGAAUAAGAGCGUCGGAACGCUGGAAAACAAAGAGUGCUUAGUUGUUUGUGUUUACAUAAGACUUGUGCCAGGAAUAAAUGUAUUAUUUCUUAAAAGAGCGACCCAGAACGCUAGCAAAAUAAUAAUAAAAAAAAAGGCGGUCCACCUCAUUGUGGAUCAUAAAUAAAAGUGCUGCACUCACCUGUCACUCGUGCUAAGCUAGCAUUUCACUGUAUUACUGGUGGUGGACACUCCUGCUCUUUUGCUGCCCCUUGCAGGUUGGGAGGUGCUAGCGUGUAGCGCUAUUAUAAAAUCUAUAAAAAUAGUUUUUCGCUUGCCCAGACUGAAUUUGACAUACAUUCACUGUGGACACAUGUGACAGCCCCUUGGCAUCAGACGCAGCAUCACAAGCUCUCUCAGAUUUAACGCCUCGGCUCCACAAGGGGUCAGAGGAACAUGUACUGGUUGUCUAUGGCCCGCUUACGGCCGCGUUCGGGCUCCAGCU